CAGCUUGCUAGCAGCCUGGAGGGAACCAGGAGUGUUUCUAUAGGCUUCUUCCUCCACUCUCCCAAAUAAUCUCAGCCCUCCUCCCCUGUGUGCCCCUCAUCAAAUGAUUCACUGCAACGUGGUGCAAUAACCCUUCCGGGUUCCACAUUCCAUUUCCUGCACUGAGCGAGCAGAACAGCAGGAGCAAGUAACGCUGAGAACCAGCGAGGACCUUCCAAGCUACAGCCGCUCAGCCCAGCGUGGAACUCAGCCCAUUGCACCCCUCUCCACCGGCCGCCACUGCUGCGACACAGCCCAAGGGCUACCUCCACCUGCUGGAGGAGUCUUGUCUACAAGUCAGCAGCCCCUUGCACCCCACGCUGCUCCUCCUGGGGGACCCCCAGCACAGACACAGCUGAAGAUGAAAGGGUUCCUGGUGAGCCUUCUUUUGGGCUUGUUUCUCCAUGGAGUCCUGGGAAGCAGCAAGCUCUUUAAACGGGAGAUGCCUCAGCUCACUACAGCCAGCAAUGUGAGUUACAGCACAGUGGAGACCCCAGCUGAGCAUGGGAACUCCACCACCAAGGAGACUUUCUACAGCACCAUUGAGAAGUACAUGCCCACCAUCAAGAACGUCUUCAUCUUCGUGUGUGGCUUCAGCACCUUCCUCAUCGGCUGCCUGGUCUUUAAGAUCUUCAGGUCUGGGAAGAAAAUACGAAAAAUCCGUAAAUAUGACAUCAUAACGACUCCAGCCGAAAGAGUAGAAAUGACUCCCCUUAAUGAGGACAACUACGAUGAUGAAGAAUCAGCAGUCUUUGAUGUCAAAUACAGAUAUAGGUAAAUACACUUAACUUGUUUCUCCCCCGGCAUCUGGUUCCCAAGAACGCUGUCAGAGACCGUGUGGAGUGGAGUUUAGUUUCAUUGGCCUCGAAGACUGAAAUAUAAGUCUGUUUGUAUCUACAUGCUCCCCGGUGUGUUGAGAAAUUACACAGAUUAAUUGGCUUAAACCUUUCGCUAAACACUCCGAUUUCAACUCUUGGAAACUCCACGGAUGAAGAUGCAAAGCUAGAACUACUCUCCAAAUGGAUAUAGAUAUAUAUUUUUCUUUUAAUAAUUCAAGUUGUUUUGUUGGUGGGGGUUUUUUGUGUGUGUGCGCGCACAUUUGUGCUUGUCUUAUACAUGCCAAAGAGUUUUUAUAUAAAGACUUUUGCAUGAAUGCUGUAAUUACAGGAAACAUUCCACUGGUGAAACAAUAUCAAUAACCCUGCAGGUAACACUUAAAUCAAUGAGGUACUUUUACAGAAAACUUUCAUGUAAAAAUGAAUUAGCUGCAUGCCACAUGGUGUGCAGUCAGUCGCUAUGGUUUUGCUAAAUAUUCCCAGGAAGAUAACAUCCAGAUGACCUUAGUUCUAUAAAUGGCAAAAUCCUUGGAAAACAGAACAUAAAGUAAGGAUUUUAUCACCAUGUGUUACAUAUUAGGUGUUGCCGUCAGCCUAUCUUCAGCACAAAGCGGAGAUCGCAGUUCACUAAGUUUCUUAUGGAGAAUGAUAAUGUUACGUACACAGGGAACAUCAAGGUCUGUUCAGUUGUAUUACCUGUGGCUAUGAAUAUGUAGCCACAUGUGGUUCUCCACAAAAUGUGAAUAUCGAAUGGAUGCACAGUGGCAGAAUGAGUCCUUUUCUGAUCUUGACUCAUGCAGCAUUAUUCAAUGUUAACCUAAAUUAAUUCUGGAAUUACUGAGUGCCAUAUAGGAAUUAACAUGAAUGUAUUACAAUAUGCACUGUACAUUUAUAUGGUUAGGCGCUUUUUUUUCUUUUAUUUUCUUUUUGUCUAAAAUUGGACCCUUGUUGCUGGUAAAGUUGAAAGAUAUAUAAUUUUUUUUUUUUUCUCACAAGUUUAAUAGGUAGGGAGAGGUAACGUUUUAUAUUUUGGUCAAGUUGCCAUGUUCUCAAACUACUUUUGAGGUGGUUGUGAACUUAAAACAAAAUGUUUGUUUUGUUGGUGUUGAAUUAUGGAUUUUCUAACUUUUACAUCUUUUGCACUCCUUGUGAUGCACCCAAACCUCAGCAGUGUUGCUGCUUUGCAUCAUUUGCGAUGUGGGAUCUGAUUUAACCUAUUUGUUUAGUUUUAUAAAUAUGUUUUCUGGGUUUGUAAAAUCAAUAUUUUGAAUAGUUGGAUAAGUUUGAAGGCCUUGGUAUAACCAGCAGAAUUGAAGGAAUGCAAAAUUAUACUAUUCCGCAGUGGUACCAGGCAAACUUCUUUUUAUGCAUACUGUACGAAAAUUGCUGUUUAUGAAUCUUUAAAGUGCACAAUCCUUCCGUUUCACAGGUAUGUAUUGGUAUUUGGUGUCGAGACACUCUAAAUGUAGCCACUCCCCCACCCACUUAUGUCUAUAAUCCAGUGGUUCUGUUUUUCUUGAUUAUCCACAAGAUUGAUAUAUUCACAAUCAAAGCCGGGUAAUCGAUCCACUGUAGAAAGGUUUGCAAAUAAAGGCAAAUAGCAGGCAUUAGCUGCUGUAAAAUACAGAUUUCUUGAAGCAAUCCAAAUUACAAAACAAAAAAAAAAGGUAAUUUCACAAUGUUCACAGAUAUAAUUAUUCUCCAUAAAUGUGCACUUUAGUAAAUGUAACUAAAGUUGAAGCAUUAGUCUUUUAAACCUGUCUUUUAGGGGUUUAGACAUAAUAUUAAUAUGUGUGUGUAGGUCAGUUGGGUUUGCUCACUUGUGGGUUUUUGCUUUUGUAUUACAGAAAAUGUUAUUGCUUGAUAGACAUUCAAGGGACGGUUAAAAAUUAAAGCUUUAUACCAUUUCCUUCCGGAGUUAAACACUCUUUGACUAUCUUCUAAUAAGGCAUGUGCUAUUUUAUUGAAGAUACUUGCAUUCCAGCAAUAAUUCAUUUUUUUAUUCAACUUUUAAGCAUGUUAAUAUUUUACACUCCCAGCAUAUACAUUUGCCAAUAUGUUUAUGCAUUUACCUCUGGGUUAUGAAUUAGAAAAGCGAGAACUAUAGAUUUGUAGUUUAACGUCAGGCGUUUGCAGUCUUAAUGAGAUAUAAAGAUGUCAUUCUGGGAGAUGCAGUUGUUCAAAUUUAGAGAAUUUAAAUCUAAAAAUGGUAAAGGGAUAUUUUAUAAAUUUAUAUUAUAUGUAUUUGGUUUUGGGCCAGCAGUUUCAAUUAUGUAGUGCACCAAUCUUCUUUUUUUUUUU